CUGGACAAUCCAGAUGAGCAAGCAGCCCAGAUCAGACGAGAGCUGGAUGGACGUCUCCAGAUGGCCGACCAAAUAGCCAGGGAACGCAAAUUUCCCAAGUUUGUAUCCAAAGAAAUGGAAAACAUGUACAUCGAGGAGCUCAAGUCGUCCGUCAACCUGCUCAUGGCCAACUUGGAGAGCAUGCCGGUGUCCAAAGGUGGGGAGUUCAAGCUUCAGAAACUCAAACGCAGCCACAACGCUUCCAUCAUCGACAUGGGUGAGGAGAGUGAGAACCAGCUCUCCAAGUCAGAUGUUCUGCUGUCUUUCUCCUUGGAGGUGGUCAUCAUGGAAGUUCAAGGCCUCAAAUCCUUGGCUCCAAAUCGCAUUGUAUAUUGCACAAUGGAGGUGGAAGGAGGAGAGAAACUACAGACUGACCAGGCCGAGGCAUCCAAACCAACAUGGGGCACCCAGGGUGACUUCUCCACAACCCACGCACUGCCCGCUGUGAAGGUGAAGCUGUUCACAGAGAGCACAGGCGUCCUGGCCUUGGAGGACAAGGAGCUCGGGCGGGUUAUUCUCCAUCCUACCCCGAACAGCCCCAAGCAGUCAGAGUGGCACAAAAUGACAGUCUCCAAAAACUGCCCUGAUCAAGAUCUCAAAAUCAAACUUGCUGUCCGAAUGGAUAAGCCUCAGAACAUGAAGCAUUCCGGGUAUUUAUGGGCCAUCGGUAAGAAUGUCUGGAAGAGAUGGAAGAAAAGGUUUUUUGUAUUGGUGCAGGUCAGUCAGUACACAUUUGCCAUGUGCAGUUACAGGGAGAAGAAAGCGGAGCCUCAGGAACUUCUACAACUGGAUGGCUACACUGUGGAUUACACCGACCCCCAGCCAGGUUUGGAGGGUGGCCGAGCCUUCUUUAAUGCAGUCAAGGAAGGAGACACCGUGAUAUUUGCGAGCGAUGAUGAACAAGAUCGCAUCCUGUGGGUCCAAGCCAUGUAUCGGGCCACUGGGCAGUCGCACAAGCCUGUGCCCCCAACACAAGUCCAGAAACUCAACGCCAAGGGAGGGAACGUGCCCCAGCUGGACGCCCCCAUCUCUCAAUUUUCUGGACUGAAGGACGCAGAUAGAGCUCAAAAACAUGGCAUGGAUGAAUUUAUCUCUUCCAACCCCUGUAACUUUGACCACGCUUCCCUCUUUGAGAUGGUUCAACGCCUUACUUUGGAUCACAGACUUAAUGAUUCCUAUUCUUGCCUGGGCUGGUUCAGUCCUGGCCAGGUGUUUGUACUAGACGAGUAUUGUGCCCGAAACGGAGUCCGAGGGUGUCACCGACAUCUCUGCUACCUCAGAGACUUGCUGGAACGGGCAGAAAAUGGCGCCAUGAUUGACCCCACCCUUCUUCACUACAGUUUUGCCUUCUGUGCGUCCCAUGUCCAUGGGAACCGGCCUGAUGGAAUUGGAACUGUGACUGUUGAAGAAAAGGAACGUUUUGAAGAAAUCAAAGAGAGACUCCGAGUUCUGUUGGAAAAUCAGAUUACACAUUUUAGGUAUUGCUUUCCAUUUGGUCGACCUGAAGGUGCAUUAAAAGCCACUCUCUCACUCUUGGAAAGGGUCUUGAUGAAAGAUAUUGUUACCCCAGUGCCACAAGAGGAGGUUAAAACAGUAAUUCGUAAAUGUCUGGAGCAGGCUGCUUUAGUCAACUAUUCUCGGCUCUCAGAGUAUGCCAAAAUCGAAGGGAAAAAGAGAGAAAUGUAUGAGCAUCCUGUCUUCUGCUUGGCCUCCCAAGUGAUGGAUUUAACCAUUCAGAAUCAAAAGGAUGCAGAAAAUGUAGGCCGGUUAAUCACUCCUGCCAAAAAGCUUGAAGACACAAUACGUCUUGCUGAACUAGUCAUUGAAGUUCUUCAGCAAAAUGAGGAGCACCACGCAGAGGCCUUUGCGUGGUGGUCAGACUUAAUGGUGGAGCAUGCGGAGACGUUUCUGUCCCUGUUUGCGGUGGAUAUGGAUGCAGCGCUAGAGGUGCAACCCCCAGAUACCUGGGACAGUUUCCCAUUGUUUCAGCUGCUGAAUGAUUUUCUCCGCACCGACUAUAACUUGUGCAAUGGAAAAUUUCACAAACACCUGCAAGACCUGUUUGCCCCGCUUGUUGUUAGAUAUGUGGAUUUGAUGGAGUCCUCAAUUGCACAGUCCAUUCACAGGGGCUUUGAGCGGGAGUCAUGGGAACCAGUCAAGAGUUUAACCAGUAACCUACCCAAUGUGAACCUACCCAAUGUGAACCUUCCCAAAGUACCAAAUCUACCAGUUAACAUCCCUCUAGGCAUCCCACAAAUGCCUACUUUUUCGGCACCGUCAUGGAUGGCUGCUAUAUAUGAUGCUGAGCCUGAUGGAAUUGGAACUGUGACUGUUGAAGAAAAGGAACGUUUUGAAGAAAUCAAAGAGAGACUCCGAGUUCUGUUGGAAAAUCAGAUUACACAUUUUAGGUAUUGCUUUCCAUUUGGUCGACCUGAAGGUGCAUUAAAAGCCACUCUCUCACUCUUGGAAAGGGUCUUGAUGAAAGAUAUUGUUACCCCAGUGCCACAAGAGGAGGUUAAAACAGUAAUUCGUAAAUGUCUGGAGCAGGCUGCUUUAGUCAACUAUUCUCGGCUCUCAGAGUAUGCCAAAAUCGAAGAAAAUGUAGGCCGGUUAAUCACUCCUGCCAAAAAGCUUGAAGACACAAUACGUCUUGCUGAACUAGUCAUUGAAGUUCUUCAGCAAAAUGAGGAGCACCACGCAGAGGCCUUUGCGUGGUGGUCAGACUUAAUGGUGGAGCAUGCGGAGACGUUUCUGUCCCUGUUUGCGGUGGAUAUGGAUGCAGCGCUAGAGGUGCAACCCCCAGAUACCUGGGACAGUUUCCCAUUGUUUCAGCUGCUGAAUGAUUUUCUCCGCACCGACUAUAACUUGUGCAAUGGAAAAUUUCACAAACACCUGCAAGACCUGUUUGCCCCGCUUGUUGUUAGAUAUGUGGAUUUGAUGGAGUCCUCAAUUGCACAGUCCAUUCACAGGGGCUUUGAGCGGGAGUCAUGGGAACCAGUCAAUAAUAGAACCAGGAUUGCAUUUGAAGUUAAGCUGCAAAAAACCAGUCGAUCAACAGAUUUUCGAGUCCCACAGUCAAUAUGCACCAUGUUUAACGUUAUGGUUGAUGCCAAAGCUCAAUCAACAAAACUUUGCAGCAUGGAAAUGGGCCAAGAGCAUCAGUACCAUUCAAAAAUAGAUGAACUAAUUGAAGAAACUGUUAAAGAAAUGAUAACACUCUUGGUUGCAAAGUUUGUUACUAUCUUGGAAGGAGUACUGGCAAAAUUAUCCAGAUAUGACGAAGGGACUUUGUUUUCUUCUUUUCUGUCAUUUACCGUGAAGGCAGCGUCCAAAUAUGUGGAUGUACCUAAACCCGGGAUGGACGUGGCCGACGCCUACGUGACUUUCGUCCGCCACUCUCAGGAUGUCCUGCGUGAUAAGGUCAAUGAGGAGAUGUAUAUAGAAAGGUUAUUUGAUCAAUGGUACAACAGCUCCAUGAAUGUGAUCUGCACCUGGUUGACGGACCGGAUGGACUUACAGCUUCACAUUUAUCAGUUGAAAACACUAAUUAGGAUGGUAAAGAAAACCUAUAGAGAUUUUCGAUUGCAAGGGGUCCUGGACUCCACUUUAAACAGCAAGACCUAUGAAACCAUCCGGAACCGUCUUACUGUGGAGGAAGCCACAGCAUCAGUGAGCGAGGGUGGAGGUCUGCAGGGGAUCAGCAUGAAGGACAGCGAUGAGGAAGAUGAAGAAGAUGAUUAGAUCAUUCAGUCCUAGAGGCCACUGGGACAGAGUCCUGUAAUCAAUGCAUGUCCUUAGUCUGUUAGUUAUCCCCAUUAGGGAAUUUUCUGUCAACUACCAUGCCCAUGAGAUGUUUCCAAUAAAAUUGUCAUUUUAGCUAUGUGGUACCAAGAUUAGCAAAUUACCUUCAAAUCCACUGAUUUCCUAAUUUCCAUGUCUAUACGUUUACAAGCAAUAUGGAGCACCAUUCUUUAAAUUCUGUACAUGGAGAAUACAUAGUCCAACUGCUAGGUGUGUCUCUGUUAUCAGCAAAGUUAAAUGAUGCUUCAUUCAUGUACUAUGUAUGCAUUGAUGGUAAAAGGAUGUGAGGGCUAGUACGACAAAUAUUUUCAUUUCUUUGUUUCACAUAUGUGGAUGCCAGUUAUUUAAAUGAGUAUGUAUAUAUAAUUUCAUUGAGAUACAGAUAUCUGCCUUGUUUUUUUGAAAAACAAAAGGCAAGUCUCCAACAACAAACUUUCAGUUCUUUCUGGUCCCCUGAAACUAAAAAAUAAACCCUUUGUGUUCUUGUUAACCCAUCCUUUCAUUUAUCUAUAUAGUUAGCCAAAAAAGGAUGGCUACAUACCUAUGGAUUGAUUCUCUUAAUUGCCAUGUCAAGGGGGCAAUCCUAUCAUGAUUUAACAUCAAGCACAGUUCAGAGCAACUGUCUUCUGUCAAAGUUUAUCCUAUUAAAUGUUACAUUUUGCUUUUAUGUUUCAAUAACUGUGUAUGUAAAAAAAACUGAAUAUUUAAAUUACAACCCUAGACUAUAAAUGUGUUUAUAAUGAGAUAUGGAUAUUUCCUUCAGUACAUUGUAACCAUAAUUUAAAUUAUUUUAUUCCACACUGUUUUUUAUAUCUGUCAUGUACAUUGCAUUUUGAUCUGUAACUGCACGACCUAGGGGUCCACUGCAGAGCUAUUUCUUUUCGUUUAAAGUAGUGAAUCCAUCUUGCUUUUUGCCUUAUAUAAAGCCUACAGUUAUGAAAGUGUGGAAAACUGUGGCUUCUCAAUAAAUAACUAUUCAAAUGUCCUAAAAAUA